GUAGACUAGUGACAGUAUUAGAAAUCACACCACUUUUUGUGGCCAUCCGUCGUCCUGUCAAUCUUCAUUUUGCAUUUUUCUAUUGCAAAUUGUAAUAAGUUGCAAAUUCUAAAUGAAAAAUCUGAAGAUGCUGUGGAAGUGCCUAAAAGUUCAAUAAAAGCUUAGGAGAAAAUGGCUCCACAUAAAGGCCAGUGUCAUUCUAGUUCCAGUGCAUCAGAUACAAUGUCAAGCCAAGAGAAUUCACCACCAUUGGAUGUAGCACAUAAUGGUGUUCUUAAUGAAAUUGAGGAUAUGCCUUCCAUGCCUUGGUUCGGCAUGGAUAUUGGAGGCACCCUCUGCAAACUUGUUUACUUUGAGCCCCGAGAUAUGAUGCAGGGUGAAUCCGAAGAAAUUCAUAUUUUAAAAAACAUUAGAAAGUAUUUAACAAAGAACUCGUCAUAUGGAAAAACCGGUCAUAGGGAUACACAUUUACAGAUGGACAACGUUGUUUUACGAGGCAUAGUGGGCACCAUUCACUUUAUUAGAUUUCCCACAUCCCAAAUGAAAAAAUUUUUAAGUCUGGCCAACCAGAAGGGUAUGGCUAAAUUGUUAACUACAGUAUCUGCCACUGGAGGAGGCGCAUUUAAGUUUGAAGAGGAGUUUAAAAGGGAAGUGAAUAUGAAACUGGCUAAAUACGAUGAGUUUGAAUCCUUAUUAAAAGGCCUUCUUUACAUAGACAAAAAUAACCCUAGAGAGUGUUAUUACUACACAGACCCCACCGACGAAAGCAAGUGUACCAAAGAGUUUUACGAUUUUUCUAGGCCUUAUCCGUUUUUAUUAGUGAACAUCGGUAGUGGGGUCAGUAUAUUAGCUGUUACGGGGCCUACACAGUGCAAGAGGGUCUCAGGUACCAGCUUGGGUGGUGGAACUUUCUUAGGACUUUGUUGUCUACUAACAGGUUGCAACACUUUUGAGGAAGCUAUAAGUUUAGCAGCUGAAGGAGACCAUACUAAUGUGGACAAAUUAGUAAAAGACAUAUACGGUGGGGAUUAUGCCAAAUUUGGGCUACCAGGAGAUUUAGUAGCAAGCAGCUUUGGACAAAUGAACUCAAGGGAUAGACGAAGCAAAGUUAGCAGGCAAGAUUUGGCGCGUGCUACUUUAGUUACCAUAACGAACAAUAUUGGAUCAAUAGCCCGGAUGUGUGCAAUGCAACAAAAUAUUGAUAAGGUAGUGUUUAUAGGUAAUUUCCUACGAGUUAACCCAAUAGCCAUGAAACUUUUGGCUUAUGCAAUGGAAUACUGGUCCGAUGGUUCGAUGAAAGCAUUAUUUUUAGAACAUGAAGGAUAUUUUGGAGCAGUCGGCUGUCUGCUUCAAUACCAUGGGGAUAGAUGAAUUAAUAUUAACGAUAAGUGAUUUAGAAAUAAACACAAGUGUCUUAUAUACUUACGUAGAUAUUGUGUAUCAAAUACGAUAUUAAAAAUCCAUUCCAGCACGGUUUUGUAUGUUAAUGAGCCGGAAACCAUUUCUUGUACAAAAAAGGAAUAUCUUAGUUUACCACAAUGUAGCAAUAGAUAAUUUUUAUACUUUUUUAACCAUUUAGACGAGGCAUUAAGCAGAUUAAUGCUUAUAUUCAGUUUGUAUAUUUUCAAUAUUUUAUCAACCAUUUUCAUGUUCUGUACAUAAAAAUUAAGCUUACACCUGUUUUUAAACCCAAAUAUCUACCAGUGUCAACAUUUUUACUUGUUGGUUAGGGUAAGAAUUAUGUUCUCAAGUAUAUUUAUAGGGUUGUACCAGGUAACGUUUAUUGUGGGUGUCGGUUAAGGAUGUAUUGCGCACAUAUGUAAAUAGCUACAAACAGUGUAUUAAGACUUAAUUUAUUGACAAAAAAAUAUAUAUAUUACAAUAAAACUAAAAAGAU